GGUAGUCAAAGCACAGUAUUAUUAUUGUAGGCGCCAGCUUAGAGCUGAUGAGAAAAGAGCCAUUGUGGCGUUGUUCCACUCUUCUCCUGCCACAGUUUCCUCGUGUCUAGAAAACUCCCAAAUUUACAUCAGCAGCCAUUCUCAGCCACCAUCGUCCUGCGCGUUCGACCUCUAUCGACCUCAGAGGCGAGGUUCGUGCACGGAAAAUGUACCCCAUAUCGCCUAGAAGCGGCAACUACGAGCGCUUGGAAGGCGGAUUAGGUCCCAGCAGGAUGAACAGAAAAUUCGCAUGGAAGAAGCUGGCUAUUGGCACUGCUGUGCUUAUAGGGCUUGUCUACUUUUUUGGUCCAAGAGUAGAUGUUCCAGAGCUGCCAACACCAGGACUCGAGGAUGUCUAUGUACCACCGCAGCCUGUCAUACCUGAAGCAACAGGCAAGCCUUCUGAACCUACUCAAGACCCAGUCACAGUCACAGAACCUUUGGAACCGUCGACACGCCCAACGUCCCCUGCCACUGAUCCUGACCCGCUGAAAACCGUUCACUGCACCACCCCAUUCAAGGCUGGCUCUCCCAUUGUUCAGUAUGCGCUUAUGAUAGACGCUGGCUCUACCGGUUCAAGGAUUCACAUUUACAAAUUCAACAACUGCGGCUCGUCUCCAUCUUACGAGUACGAGGUAUUCAAGAUGACACAGCCUGGUCUCUCAUCAGACGACUACAAAGGUCACCCAGAAGCUGCCGCUAAGAGCCUUGAUGUCCUGCUUGAUGAGGCGCUGCAUGUUGUACCGGAGCAACUCAGGAGCUGUACGCCGGUCGCGGUAAAGGCGACCGCUGGCCUGAGAUUGUUGGGCACUGAGCGAAGCACGGCCAUCCUAGAUGCUGUACGCCAACGGCUCGUUGACACAUACCCUUUCCCACUACCAGACACUGAUGCCGUUGUCAUCAUGGACGGCAAAGACGAGGGCGUCUACGCGUGGAUUACGGCGAAUUACCUGCUCGACACUAUCCGGGCGGACACUGCUCCCGGCACGCCAACGUAUGCUGUACUGGAUUUGGGUGGAGCGUCUACGCAGAUUGUGUUUGAGCCUCAGUUUGACGACGGUCUUCCGGAUGUCGCUCUUGAGGAGGGUGAGCACAAGUAUGACUUGAAGUUUGGUGGGCAGACGAGGGUGCUGUACCAGCACUCUUAUCUGGGCUAUGGUCUCAUGCGCGCGAGAGCGAGCGUACAUCGUGUCGUAGAUUUCAUGUCGACUCUACGUACAGGGCGUACGGGUACAGAACCUGUUGCGGUGGGUAAUCCAUGUCUGGCACAGGGUACGCAAAAGGUCGUGGAUAUCGAAGAUGGUUCGGAGGAGAGCAAGAGCGUCUUGAUGACUGGUGGAGAUAUUGGGAGCUUUGACGCCUGUAAUCGGGUGUUGGAGCUGGUGAUGGCGAAGGAUGCUGUUUGUGAGCUCAAACCUUGCUCAUUUGACGGUGUCUAUCAGCCUUCAUUGCUAGAUACCUUCCCCUCUGGGAAGGUUCUCCUUUUAUCCUACUUCUAUGAUCGCAUCACCCCCCUCAUAUCCCCGCAAUUGCAAUCUCAGUCGCCGCUCACCGUAUCCACAAUCGCAAACAUCGCAACAGAUGUCUGUCGUGGACGCACAGCAUGGGAGAAACGAUGGGGAGACAACAGUGAGGCGAUGGACGAGCUGGAUGGACGCCCAGAGUGGUGUCUCGAUCUCACGUUUAUGCAUGCGUUGUUGAAGUUGGGAUAUGAGUUUGGAGAUACUCGCGAAGUUGCAUUGGGCAAGCAGAUCGAUGGCACCGAGCUGGGAUGGUGUCUCGGCGCGACGAUUGCUAUGGUCGGUGGCGAGUUGAAGUGUCGUGUGUGAGGCUCUCGAGGUGUUUCUGCGUCCUCAUAAGUCGUGAUCCUAGGCGGCGAUGCCCCCCACAAUGGAAUAUAUAGAAUAUACCCGGAUGUAAUCUGGCUAAAAGCGAGCUCUACUACUUUUAAAUCGUGUACGUUGCAGCCAAAAGGACCUCAACUUGGAGUGUCAAAAGCACUCGAGUUACAGAAUUGGCAGUAUGGUAUUUAUUUCACUACCUAGAGUAAUCCAAGACCUGUCCCUUCUUUCUUUGCACGGUAUCAGUCACGAGUGAGAUCUCACGAAGGGUGCUUUUUGAGGUGAGCGUCGAUUCGAUGCACUUGUGCUAUCGCCUUCAUCGAAGCCUAGAGGUAGGGAUAAAUAUCUGGAGUACUCAUAUGAGAUGGUGAUACUGCUUGCUCCUGAAGUCCUUAGGGCAUCUGAAACUAGUUCUCUCUCCAACGAUAUCCACAGCCAGCGCAACGGUAAAAAGUUGUCAUGGGUUCAUCAGCAGACCUAAUCUGCAACUGAUAAAAGUAUGCUCGGCCGUGAUUGCACUUAUCGCAAUCGGCUGCUGUAGAAUCUGCAUGCUUCCACAUCUCAUCGCCUCCCAAGACGUCGUCCACCUCUUUUUGUUUCAACUUCGUCCUAGAUGUCAUCUACAGGCACAUUUCCAGAAAUAAAAACAAAUCAGAAAUUCCGUUGACCUUCUAUCAUAUCUUCCACCCUAAGCCUUCACGCUCUCAGCGUACCUGUUUCGAAAUGGGAAAUUCAUAAGGACAGCUAUUGCAUGCCCAUUUGUUGUAUCCAGUUUCUGCAGAAAUGACGAGCAGAUUUGCACAGGUUGGACAGAACAGCAUUUUGGCUUUAGAAUGUUCUGUUGGAAAGGACUUUGGGAUCAGAAAAUGUCAUAAAGAACUGGCGGGGCGAGUUGCAGCUGGACGGUCCC